AUGCAAUGUUCAAAGAGUUCAUCCGAGGGCGUGAAGAGAUUCUACAAGGACAAAAAUAUUUUCAUAACGGGCGGUAGCGGUUUCGUGGGAAUUUGUUUAUUAGAGAAGAUUUUACGUACGAUUCCCGAUCACGGAACGAUUUAUUUGUUGAUGAGGAAGAAAAGGGGAAAAGACAUUGAAGAAAGAUUGGACGAAAUAAAGAAAAAUUCAGUUUUCGAAGGAUUGUUGAAGGAUAAAAGCAUCGAGGAGGUAUUUUCGAAGGUGAAGGUAAUCGCUGGCGAUGUAGGUGAAGAAAAUUUGGGAAUUUCCACUUCGGAUUGGCAAUUACUCACGGAAAACGUUCAAGUUAUUUUUCAUUCGGCCGCCACUUUAGAUUUCGGGGAUACCCUCGAUAUGACUGUGAAUAUAAAUUUAUUGGGAACCCGAAGGGUAACGAAAUUGGCAAAAGAAUGCAGAAAUUUAUCAGUUCUCGUGCACGUCAGCAGUGCUUAUGUGAAUUCUUACAGGACCGAAGCUGAUGAGGUCAUUUACCCAUUGCCCAGAGAAGCCGACGAAUUGAUAGCGAUAGUGAAGAAAUUAAACGCUGACGAAUUGCAAAAAGAGACGCCCAAAUUGUUGGGCGACCAUCCCAACACUUAUACGAUCACCAAACACAUGGCGGAACACGAAAUUCAAAAAUGCCAAUCGAUUUUUCCUUGUACCAUCGUCAGACCGAGCAUGAUUGUCGGGGCUUGGAAGGAGCCAAUGCCUGGAUGGACUAUAAGCAAAAAUGGUCCUCAAGGUUUCAUGAUGGGCGCCGCCAAAGGGGUCAUCAGAAGAUUACCCGUGGCAAAAGAAUUAAUUUAUGAUUAUAUUCCCGUCGAUAUUGUUAUCAAUAAUUUGAUUGCUGCUGGUUUUUACACAGGUGUAACCAAACCAUCGAAAGUAUCAAUUUAUCACGCUACAUCGAGUACGAGAUUGCCAUUCCAUUGGGCAGAUGUCGAACAUAAAUUUAACGUUUAUUUACACAAUUGGCCUUUGAAAAGCGCCGUUUGGUAUCCUCACAUGAAAUUCCUACCUUCUAUUACUUGGUAUAAAAUAUCCGCUUUAUUUGUUCAUUUCUUUCCGGCUAUUAUAUUGGAUACAGUCGCUCGAUUGACGGGUGGUAGACCAAUCUUGGUAAAAUUGCACAAAAACGUGAAUAAAUCGUUGGGGAUGCUGUCGAAAUUCAUAUUUUCCGAAUGGAAAUUUCAUUCAAACAAAACUGACGAAUUGCAGAAAUGGCUGAAUCAGAGUGACAGGGAAACUUUCAAUAUUUCAUUAGAGGGAUUGAUUUGGUGUGAUUAUUUCGGCGAUUUAGCGAAGGGAUCUCGCGUUUAUUUAAAUAAGGAGCCCAUGAAAAAUUUGAGCAAAGCUAAAACCAAGGAUAACAUUUUAUUGGGAGUCCACGUUUUAUGGCAAGUUUUGCUGUUUUCUCUGCUUUGGUUCGUUUUCGCCAGUUUCACCGGAAUGACGAUGUCCUCUUCGGCUUUCUUCGUCCCAAUUUGUUACAUAUUAUUCAAUUUAUUAUAAUUCGCAGUUUAUUUAAAUUUGUUUUUCAGUAUUUUUUUUUCUAUGAUUAUUUAUAUAUUAUUUUAUAUGUUGUAUUUAGAAUAUUUAGAGCACGUGUUUAAUGUAGUACAGAUUGUACAGAAAUAACGGACCUGAUUUGUGUUUUUCUGUUUUGUUUGUUUUUAUAGGCAAUGGAAAUUGGUCAUCUUUUUUCUGUAAUAAUAAAAGUUAUAUUUUAUA